GAGGAGACGGACUUGGGAAAACCAGCUCGUCCUAAACUCGAUAGCUGCCCUAGCUACGCGGAUUAACGGCAGCCUUGGCGGUUAUUGCGAUCGUAUGACAGUGUUUCCACUUGUUUAUUCAAUUUAUCUCGACGGGGAAGGCUGUUUGGCCCACUUCGGAGAGGACUAACCCACUGGAGGGAGCCUCGUAAUAGGUUGUUUCCCUGCUGGAGCGGACGGGGCUCUGGUUGUGGCCGGGCAGCCCCGCCGGACUGUCGGACGAAACUGAGACUUCGACACGGAAUAUAACAACGGCAAUACACGUUGUAGACCUGCUGUUUUGGUGAUAGGAGGGAGGAAAUGCUCAUUUCAACGCCGUUUUGACGUUUUAUAGCUAUGCGACGGAGCUCUCCGUGGAGAAGUUUGAUUGGAGAGCGGAGUGCGCUUGAUUUCCAGUCCGAUGGAUGUUAGCCCUGUCCGGCUGUGGCUCGGCUCUCUGCUCCGCUGGUCUGAAAAUAACAAGUUAAAACCCAACAGGCACAGGUGAACACUUCUGUUCAUAACAAUGCUGCAGACCUGGCGAGUACAUGACAGCCUCGGCUUGAAUGCCAACAAGUCGCCCUCCGUUGCUUGUCUGUAAAACUGGAAACACCACCAACCAUCCCCUCCUCUUCUUCAUCCUUCUCCUCUUCCUCUUCCUCUCCUCUUCUUUUUUUGGACUAGUGAGGCUUGCUUUACCUGAGAUAUCUUGGAUUUAGGCUCGAUUUCGACAUUUGAAAGAUGUCCUUUUUGCAAAGACAGUGCUCCUUGGAGCAACAAGACAUUUAAUUUGACUCAGUCUUUUUGAGAUUUUUUUUUUAUUUUUUAUUUUUUUUUUGUAAUUCUCUUUCUAGUCAGAGGAUCAGAUUCGGAUGGAAAAUGGGAGACGCCACCAAACUGGCCUUCGCCGUUUUCCUCAUCUCCUGCUCUUCAGGUGCCAUCCUAGGACGCUCGGAGACUCAGGAGUGCGUGUACUACAACUCCAGCUGGGAGAAGGAGCGCACCAACCGCAGCGGCAUCGAACCCUGCUAUGGCGAGAAAGACAAGCGACGGCACUGCUUUGCCACAUGGAAGAACGUCUCCGGCACCGUGGAGGUCGUCAAGCAAGGCUGCUGGCUGGACGACGUCAACUGCUACGACAGUAACGAGUGUGUGGAGAGGAAGGAGAGUCCCGACGUUUUCUUCUGCUGCUGUGAAGGCAACAUGUGCAACGAGAGGUUCCUUUACGCCCCUGAAGCACCCCCACAGAGCGACCCGCACCAUUCAACUGCCUACACCACCUCCAACCCAUUUUCCCAGAAGCCCCAGCUCUUCAGCACUCUCCUUUACUCCCUGGUUCCCAUCAUAGGCCUGGCUGCCGUCGUCCUCUUCUCUUUCUGGAUGUGGAGACAUCACAAACUGGCCUACCCAGCUGCCCUCGUCCCCACACAUGAUCCCGGGCCCUCGCCCCCAUCCCCCGUUUUGGGACACAAACCACUGCAGCUGAUCGAAGUGAAAGCCAGGGGGCGCUUUGGUUGCGUGUGGAAGGCCCAGCUGCUGAACGAAUAUGUGGCCGUUAAGAUCUUCCCGAUUCAGGACAAGCUGUCCUGGCAGAACGAGUAUGAGAUCUACAGCGUGAGCGGCAUGAAGCACGAAAACAUCCUCCACUUUAUCGGCGUAGAGAAGAGGAACAACAACCUGGACCUGGAGCUGUGGCUCAUCACCGCCUACCAUGACAAGGGGUCGCUGACAGACUACCUGAAGGCCAACGUGGUAUCCUGGAACGAGCUCUGCCACAUCGCCCAGACGGCGGCCCGCGGCCUGGCCUACCUCCAUGAAGACAUACCGGGACACAAAGAUGGACACAAACCCUCCAUUGCUCACAGGGACAUUAAGAGUAAGAAUGUGCUGUUGAAGAGUAACCUGACAGCCUGCAUAGCUGACUUUGGCCUUGCCCUGAAGUUUGAGGCUGGGAAGUCAGCAGGAGACACACAUGGACAGGUGGGAACGCGGCGCUACAUGGCCCCUGAAGUCCUGGAGGGUGCCAUCAACUUCCAGCGCGACUCCUUCCUGCGCAUCGACAUGUACGCCUUUGGCCUCGUCCUCUGGGAGCUCGCGUCGCGCUGCACAGCCGCUGACGGCCCAGUGGAUGAGUACAUGCUCCCGUUUGAGGAGGAGGUGGGUCAGCAUCCAUCUCUGGAGGACAUGCAGGAGGUCGUCGUGCAUAAGAAACUGCGGCCCUGCCUGCGAGACUGCUGGCAGAAACACACGGGUCUGGCCAUGCUCUGCGAAACCAUCGAGGACUGCUGGGACCACGAGGCCGAGGCUCGCCUGUCCGCCGGCUGCGUGGAGGAGCGCAUCGGGCAAAUGCAGCGCCAAGCCCCCAUCAUCGGCCCCGAGGAGAUUGUCACUGUUGUCACCAUGGUGACCAAUGUGGACCUCCCGCCCAAGGAGUCCAGCUUAUGAUCGGCCAAUCAGAUGACACCGGAUGAGCUUGCAGAAACACGGAUCAACACGAGGGGAUGAACAGCCGACCCUGGUUGGUUGGC